UAGAGAGAGCAGUUGUCAGUCAGACAGAAACCCCGCCCCCGAGCUUCAGAGUGAACUGCUCCUGGACCAGAACCCAACAGUCGUCCGGUUCCUUAGUGAUCAGAACCAGUGAUCGAUGAGUGAUCGAUAAGUGAUUGGUCGUCUUUGGCUGCGGUGUGUUUGUUUUGAGGGCGGGGAUGUCCCGGUUGCUGGAGAGCAGGAGACAGGACAGGAUGAAGGAAAUCAACCUGAAGAACAAGGAGAAGGAGCGACUGAAGGAGAGAGAGAAGGAGGCGAGAGAGAGAGAGGCGAGGUCCAGUAACGGUCACCUGUUCACGUCACUGACCGUGUCGUCCACCACACUGUGUUCAUCCUGCAACAGGAGCAUCACAGCCAAGGAGGCGCUCAGCUGCCCAGCCUGUAAUGUCACCAUCCAUAAUCGCUGCAGAGACAGCUUGGCGAGCUGUGCCAAGAUGAAACAGAGGCAACAGAAAUUGUCUCUGGUCAGAAACAGUUCAGCCCUGCAGAACGUCCACCUCAGGACCAAGACUCCGACGAUAAAGGAACGUCCCAGUUCUGCGAUCUAUCCGUCCGAUCUUCGCCAGUCUUUUCUCGGGUCCAGACGAGUUCGCUCUGGUCUGUCUCUCGCUAAGAGCGUCUCCACCAAUAACAUCGCAGGGGGGAUUGAGGACUCUGCAGGUCUCAGGAGGAUCCUGUCUCACUCCACUGAGUCGUUGAACUUCAGGAGCAGAACUUUGUCCAUGGAGUCUCUGACUGACGAUGGUGAGUGGUGGUGGAGCCCCCUGCUGGAGCAGCUGCAGGUUGAAGGCAGCUGUGUUCAGGUGGACAGCUGGAGUCUCGCUGUGGAACCAAACUUCCUGCAGACGCUUCACAAAGACGUGAUCCGACGACAGGACGUUAUCUAUGAGCUCAUACAGACGGAGUUCCACCACGUGCGGACACUGCGGAUCAUGGAGGGCGUGUACAGGAGGGGGAUGCAGGAGGAGGUGCUGUUGGAGGCCGGUGUCGUCCACAGUAUCUUCCCCUGUCUUGACCAGAUGCUGGAGUUUCAUGCUAACUUCCUGUCUCAGCUGCUGGUCCUCAGGAAGGAGGGACUGGUGGACGGGAGCUCCACCAACUUCACCGUCCACAGAAUUGGAGACUUGCUGCUCAGACAGUUUUCAGGUCAGUGUGCAGACGACAUGAAGAAACUCUACUCUCAGUUCUGCAGUCGUCAUCCCAAAGCUGUGAAACUCUACAAAGAAGUUUUGGCUCGUGACCGAAGAUUGCAGCAGUUCAUCAGACGCGUCUGUCGUGGGCCUCUGCUGCGUCGUCAUGGUGUCCAGGAAUGUAUCCUGCUGGUGACACAACGAAUCACAAAGUAUCCGGUCCUCAUCCAACGAAUCCUCGACUACACCAGAGACACUGAGGGGGAGGAGUUUCAGACCCUCAGUAGAGCACUGCAGCGUCUGAAGGAGCUGAUAAGCUCUGUGGAUCAGGAGGUUCUGGAGCUGGACCAAACCAGAAGGCUGCAGGAGAUCCAGGCCCGUCUGGACCCGCGGGCUCAAGCUGAGGUUCGAGGUGGAGAAGUGUUUAGAGGAGGAGAACUGCUACGGAGGAAGCUCCUCCAUGAGGGAGCGCUCCACUGGAAGGUCCAGGGCUCGAGGAUGAAAGAUGUCCAGGUCCUGUUGAUGUCAGAUAUCCUGGUUUUUCUUCAAGAGAAGGAUCAAAAGUUCACAUUUGCAUCACUGGACAAGUCUCCGGUUGUCUCUUUGACGAACCUGAUAGUCAGAGAUAUAGCCAAUCAAGAGCGAGGGAUGUACCUGAUCAGCGCGUCCACACCUCCAGAGAUGUACGAACUGUAUGCAUCAUCAAAAGAUGACCGUCGCACCUGGAUGACACGGAUUCAGCAGGCUGCUCUCAGUUGUCCGUCCAGAGAAGAGUUUCCUCUCAUCGAGACUGAAGAUAAAGCUUUACUGCGACGUCUCAGAGCUGACAUCCAGCAGAAGGACAGGGAGGUGCUGGAGCUCCUGCAGGAGCGCGUGACACUGUUUUCUGACCUAAUGGAGGCAACAGGCAGAGAAGAAACACAAGGACGUGAGGAGGUGAGCGCCUCCUGCAGGAACCUGUUCAGGGCCAACACUCCUCAUGCUCCUCAGGCUGAGCCACUCCUCAAUGCUGCCAUUACUGAAGUUGAUAAGCUGAUGGAGCUGCUCUUUGUCCCUCGGUCGUCUGUUACCAACAGUAACCAGCAACUCAACGGAGACUCUGAGAAGUCCAAUGGGCUGUUCAAAGAACCAAAGGACACAAACGGGAACCAGCUGCAGGAACAAACUUUGAACAAGAAGGUUCGUCAGCGUUUGGUUCAUCUGAGUCUCAAGCUUCACGCACUGCAGGCUGCUGUGAUUCGUCAGGACUCAAUCCUGGAACUGUCAACCACCUCCACCACCCAAGGCUCCACCCCCAGUCCACAGUCCGGCCCCCGUUUUAGUCGGUCAGUGUCGCGGGAUACAGGAUUGGACAGUAGCGGAGAGGUAGUGUUGCUACGGCAACAAGUAGACGUCUUACAAGAAGAAUUGACACGGCUGCGUCUGCGGGGGGGCAGGAAGGACGCGGAGCCUGGCGGUAGAAGGAGGGGUAAUGUAGAGGUCAAUGAUGUCAUCAGAGAGGAACAGCAGGGGAGCAAGAAGCGUGGCAGCAAGGAACUAGAGCCCCGCCCCCUUAUACCAUUGGUCAGUCAGGAUCCAGUUAACCAAUUAGAUGGCGUCCAGGAAGAAAACAAGGAGGUGGAGGAUGAACUGAUGAAGAUCUCACCCCGGUCUGACAGUCCCAGAGACCUGCAGGACAUCCCUGAGGAGAGCGAAUGUGGAGCUGAUCCCAGUUAACGUCAACGUCAACCCAGAUCUGGAACGCUGCUGAUGAUGUCACACACUGUGAUGAUGUCACACACUGUGAUGAUGUCAUUUCCUGUUUUACGCUUUUGAUCUCAACUGUUGUCUUUAAAAUAUAUGAAGUAACCAUAAAACCUGUUUACAUCAUCACAUGAGCUGGAACCACACCCACAUGCCCUGGAAUGGGUGUGGCUUAUGGAAGGUGCUGGGCUUUCUUAGUGGAGGUCUAGACUAUUUGAUUCUGAAUCUGACUCUUUGAUUCUGACUCCUUGACUAUUUUAAUCUAAGGUCAAGGCUCAGAAUUGUGAUCAGUUUGUUUAAAACAGAUCGAAACUAAAAAAUAAAUGUUUUUACACACCAGACGCGUUGUGCAGCCUCCCAUGCACAUCAAGAACACACACACAGCAGCACCAACACCAUCACUCAACAGCACUCGUUCUGAUUGUUACGACGACUGUACACCAUCGACAGCACUCGUUCUAGUUGUUACGACGACUGUACGCCAUUGACAACACUCGUUCUGAUUGUUACGAUAACUGUACACCAUCGACAACACUCGUUCUGAUUGUUACGAUAACUGUACACCAUCGACAACACUCGUUCUGGUUCUUACAAUGACUACACCG